AUGUCGGAAAAGUGGGUGCACGAGUAUUUCAAUCGCAGACCCUCUGAAUGGACUAUUAUAGGGUUUCUUGAAGAAUGUGAUGCAAAUUUACUUACUGAUAAGAUCGGACAUUACCUUACUUCUCUCAAGAACAUAACUAAAAAUGAUAUUGGAAAUAGGUGUAAAAAGGCACAGGAAUUGUAUGAUCGUUAUAAACAGGCAAAUGACCUAGUACUGGUCCCACUGGAGCGUGGGCAAUCUCUAAGAUUGUCUGACGUACAAGUCUCUAAGAUGAAUCUGGAUUCCCGACCUGAUCGCCAAAUAGCACGAGAUUGGCUAUCUCAAAAAAGUAAAGAGACUGCUGGAACUUCGAUACACUUACAUCACCCAACGUUUAAGGGUAGUUCUCUAGGAAUAGGAAUGAUCAAUGGCGGAACAUUCAAUACUGGCUUGUCACCAAAACAAGUCCAAGAGUCUGAUGAUGAUUUCCAACUUGUCAUGCCUAUCAGUCAAAAGCGGAAGAAACAGUUAUCUCUUUCAAAAAAGGAUAAAAAAUCGAAUGUUUCAGUCAAAAAGGCUAAAACCACCAACAGGAACAUAGAUGACGAUAUUUAUGAUCCAUUUAUCAGUGAUAAUGAAGCCAUUGAUUUGGCCGAGAGUUCUGAAUUUUCGAAAGAUAAUUCAUCAUCAUCAAGUUCAAUUAAAAUCGCACGAGAUUCCUUCAUAUCUGCUUCCUUUGACAACAAGCCACAAGAUCUUGAUAGCAUAUCACCUGACCCAAAAGAGAGCGAGAUGGAGUCAAUUGACAUAGAUCAAAGUGAAGAAAUCAGAAAGCUCACGCAGGAUGAAAUGGAUAUUCGCAAUAAAUUACUCGUUAUUUUGUCUGCACGAAAAGAAAAAGAUAUGAAGUCUGGAAAAGAUUGCAUGUCUUCUAUACCUCUUAACAAUAUUAUUGAUUUAUCCAAUGAUAAGGUGUCUGAAAGAGUUUAUAAAUCAUUGGAUGAAAGACAAAUUGAAUGGCUCAAUAAAGUUCUCGAACAAAAAUCCUGGAAACAAACAGACGAAUUUAAUUCACUGAAGAUGUUUGUGAUAGAGUAA